AUGGAGGGUUUUGAUACCAUGGCCAUGCCUUAUUUGGCCAGUCCACUGUCGCUCGGCAAUAUUCAAAGUGCGGAUUAUCUAAAUUCUAUGCCCGGAAUGGACAUACCAGAUCAACGUUCCAACUUCGACUCGGAUACCUUCGUUAGCGGAGAUGAUAUUCCAUUUCCUCCAAAUGGUUUACCGGCAGCUUUGAAACGGUUCCCUUCGGGCUACGAAGACCCUUUCACGGACAUGGUGCCUCCGUUCGAGCCUGCACCCCCCGAACAGCCCGCGGACUCGUCCAUCGAUCACAAUAAUAAAUUGCUAAGCUUCUCUGUACCGGUGUAUAGCUUUACACUCCUCGAUUAUUCGUUGCGCCGAACCUCGUUAUCUCUUUCAGCCCAGUUGCAUGGCAUGUUUUUCCUUGCAGAGUCGCCUUGGACUACGUCUCCUACGGAGAAUGCUCCGCCUCAGCAGGGUGCGGAACUGACAUGUUACCGCCGCAAUUUAUUCCAGAUUACGGGUUCUGUUACGCUGCCACGAAGUUUGCGCUACAUAAUGACGGAGCAAGGCGACCGGAUACCCAUACUUGCACAAGAACUUACUGUCUCCGCCACUGAGUCUGUGGAAGGGAAUUCAGUGAAGAUAAUAUCUGUUCCUUGGAAGACGCCCGCCGCAAAUGGAAACCCGUCUGCCGAAGAUGGAUGCAACUCUACCAAUAACAAGGUCGAGAAGGAACCACCCCCAGUUCCCCUGGAUAUUAUGGCCGGUCAAGAUCUGGAUACUGACUACGCCACAUUCCCAAUCGCCUGGAAGCGCCUUCAGUUUCGUGUCGCGACCGCUAACAAUGGGCGUAGGAAAGAGCUUCAGCAGCAUUUUGUCGUGCGGCUCAAGGUUGUCGCCACCCUGUCUACCGGCGCUAAGAUUCCCAUAUGUGAAGUUCAUUCAGGGCCCGUAAUUGUUCGAGGCCGUAGCCCACGCAACUUCCAGUCUCGCAAAGAUUUACCCCUGAGUGGCAGCGCCGCUGCAUCAAGGAAAAGUGCGCAAGCUACCCACUCGUCGAGUGUCAACCGAGCUUCCACAAGUGAUACCGCUCUGCGCUCUGGCCCGGCAACGGCAAAGGCCAAGGCAACGGCAAAGAGUAGCUCCCCAGAUACCGCGAUCUCUCAGGCUGGAGCUGUUCCCCAACAGCCUUCGUCGGAUUGGACACAGAUUCCUAGGCCUGCGAGUGGUGCGCUUCCCUCUACAGUUUUGCCUCAAUCAUCUCUUUAUUCCCAAUCAAGUCCAGACUUCUCACGGCCGGUAGAAACCCAACGACGAACAACUACUGCUGCAGCUCCAGUAAAUCUAUCUCUUCUAGAUGAAGAUGAUAGUGGUGAUGCUAUCAACAUGGACGAAUCAACUCGAUCCGUUUCUUCGUACGCCAAUGACGUAACGAGUAAGAGCCUAGAUGUGGAUGGCUCUUUGCCGCCAGCAAAACAGCGCAAGCUGUCGCAUAGCGUCCGGCAAACACAAUCUCGAACGUCUUCGUCUUUGCCGUUGCUGAACACUACGAAUUUGCAGCAACCAUUCGCAUCAACUCUACCAUUUCCUAAUGAGAGUUCAGAUUUGUUAUACGAAUAUUUCCCGCUGGGAUUGGAUGAUUGGCAAGCGCCUGUUGAUGCAGUUUACCGGCCGCAUGUUGUGCAUCAUACCAAUAUGCCCGAGAUGAAAUUUGUCGCUGGCCGUGGCAGAAGCAAGCGGUAUUUUGCUGCAGAGGAUGUCUUCUGA